ACAGACUGGAGACCACGCCGAUGCCCUGGACGAUGGUUGUGAGCGAUGUAAAGCCACGUGCGGGUUUGAAGAGUACAUCACACUACAUUCACCAUCUUCCACAAAAGCAGGCGCACGAGACUCACAGCACGCAACAACACGGGAAACAGGGCAACAGGAGAGGACACAGGGACGCUCAGCCGAGAGUGCUCGCGUGACAUUGCCCAGACUCAAUCCGGUCUACCAGAACUCCGUAGCAACGGCGGUGGCCAGAGGGUGGGGACUGGGGGGCCGAUCGAUGAAUGUGCACCAUUCGAAGGUGGUGAUCCCGAGAUGGGCCAUGACUGCCACUCUGAGUGAGAUCAUUCGCAUUCUCGAGAAGACGUUGCCGCUAGUCACUGCCCUGUGUUUCCGAUCAUGUGGCCAUAGCACACCCAACAACCGCAAACAACGAAGACAUGAUCAACUGCGGUACAGAGAUCGUCAACCCCACACCCGGCGGCCAGGAAAGGGCAGCCAAGAUAUAGGCGACCGACCAGCGUACCUGUACCAUCCCGUGGUACCCAACCCUUGCAGCUCAACGGCCAAUGACUAUCGUCCGGUGCCACCCUCGCCCUCAUCCGCCACCACCUACACCAUCAUAGCCACCAAUGCGAGCGACGUGUGCGCACUCGCAGACACGCAGACCUUUGAACACGCCCACGCACAGGCACAGGACAAGCAAGACCACGCGCACACACAAGCACACACACAAGCACAGGCGCAGGCAAAGGCAUACGCCCGUGAUGGGGUCAUAGCUGCGCAUGAACGCGUUAUGCUACAUCCGUCGCUGCGUGUGUGGGUUAAUGCGGCCAAUGCCGGUGCGAGCGGUGUGGCUACGGCUGGUGGCAGUACCUCCAUCAGAGGAAGACCGUCCAAUGGAAGCGUUGCUGGCCGACCUCGUACAG